AUGCGGAGAUGGGCUCUGGAAUUGUGCCAAUCUGCUGUGCAAAAGACAAACUUCAUUUCAGCCCUCGCAUCCUUCCAUUUGCUGCACUUCCUGGCAUUGACAGAGACCUGGAUCACCCCCAUGAACUCAGCAACUCCAACAGCCCUGUCCUCUGCCUUUCACUUCUCCCAUUCUCCACAGCAGUCUGGCAGGCAUGGUGGCACAGGUUUAUUCUUGUCUCAAAAAUGGCGUUUCACUCUACUUGCUUUUUCUCAUCUUUCGAUUUCCUCCUUUGAGUACCAUGCAGUCACUGUAUCUUUCCCCACUAAAAUUCACAUCAUUGUUCUUUAUCGUCCUCCCUCUCCUCUAGGCUACUUCAAUGAUGAGUUAGACACUCUACUGAGUCUUUUCUCCAUCGACGAAACCCCACUCAUACUCUUUGGCAACUUCAACCUGCCAUCAGACAAGCUGCAGUCAUCCUGCCUGUUACCACUGCUAUCAUCCUUCAACCUCGCUCUCAACAAGACUCCUCUGAUGCACAGAGCAGGCAAUGCUUUGGACCUGAUAUUCACCAGACCUACCAUCUGCGUUGGAUGUGACAGUAACUCUCAUGCAACCCUCCCUGUUAAUCCUGUCCAUUACACCCCUUUGUGCUCCUCUUCUCGGCACAACUUGCACUCCACUCCUUCCUCAUCUUUCACCUCAACCAUCCUGAACACCCUUCCCCAUCCUGACUCAUUUUCCUCUCUCUCACUGAACAUGGCUACGGAUGCUUUCCUUUCUUCACUCUCAUCUGCAAUUAACCUUCUGUGUCCUCUCUCCUCCAGGCCAGGAAGAUCUUCCCCACCUGCCCCCUGGCUGACAGGUGUCCUGCGCAGCAACCGACAAGAUCUAAGGAAGGCUGAGAGAAGGUGGAGGAAAUCCCAGCUUGACUGA